GUUGAGCGCUGAGCACGCAGUCGCACGGUUCGGUCUGAUCCAGGAGAGGUUAUGUUUGGUUUCGGGGUGAUAGAAGACGUUGAAUCGUAGUGGAUUAAUCUCAGAACAAGGGCAGAGAGAGCUGACGUCAAUCUACAAUGCAUCACCAUCACUAUGGAUCAUCCAGAGUGGACGCAUCUCUCCACUUGAUUGACAAGCAAAAAGGGAUGGGCUAUGUACGGGAAGAGUCUUGUUAGGUGGAGAAGACCCAGUCCUUAAUCACACAAGUAUCAACCAUGAAACUCAACCGAUCCUGAACUCUGCCUAUACACAAACGCCCAAAAAUGGCCUCCAUAUACUUAUGGAAGCUAUCGUCCCAGAAGCUAGGCUUCUUCCUAGUGAGUUUCGGCUUCAUCUGGGGCAUGAUGCUGCUGCAUUUCACCAUCCAGCAAAGGACGACACAUGAGAGCAGUGCCCAGCUACGCAUGCAGAUCCUUGACCUGAGCAAGCGCUACAUCAAAGCUCUGGCUGAGGAGAACCAGGGCGUGAUGGACGGACCUUACGUGGGGACCAUGACUGCAUACGAUCUGAAGAAGACACUCGCUGUGCUGCUGGACAAUAUCAUGCUGAGGCUGUCCAAGCUUGAGUCCAAAGUAGACACCAUCAUCAUCAACGGCUCGGCAUCCAACCUGACCAACGGCACAGUGGCUCCUGCGCCCAGCUCUGCCAACAGCGAGAAGGUCAACGUGGCAGACCUGCUUAGUGGAGCGCAGGAAAAGUGUGAGCUGCCACCUCUUGACGGCUUCCCGCACUGUGAAGGCAAAAUGAAGUGGAUGAAGGACAUGUGGCGUUCAGAUGCCUGCUAUGCAAAUUAUGGCGUGGAUGGAAGCAUGUGCAGUUUCUUCAUCUACCUGAGCGAGGUGGAGAACUGGUGUCCUCGUCUGCCGUGGAGAGGCAGUAACACUGACGAUUUUGAAAAGCAAGGACAGCUGGAGAUCCGGACGAGUCUGGACGAGCUGUAUCGCGUGAUGUCUCGGCGUGAGGAGUUCCGCUGGAUGAUGUUGAGGAUCAAGCGGAUGGAGGAGCCAUGGCUCAGCGCCGUGCACUCCCUCAGCCUCAAACAAGACCUGCGCAGUCGCAAACGAAAGAAGAUCCUUGUGCACCUGGGCCUUCUGACAAAGGAGUCUGGCUUCAAGAUAGCGGAGAAUGCGUUCAGCGGGGGUCCACUGGGGGAGCUGGUGCAGUGGAGUGACCUCAUCACCACUUUAUAUCUGCUGGGCCACGACAUCCGCAUUUCAGCCUCCAUCGCUGAGCUUAAAGAGAUCAUGAGGAAGGUGAUGGGAAACAAGUCCAGCUGUCCCACACAAGGUGACAAAGUAGUGGAGCUCAUCUACAUCGACAUCGUGGGCCUGUCUCAAUUUAAGAAGACGCUAGGGCCCUCAUGGGUGCACUACCAGUGCAUGCUGCGAGUGUUGGACUCGUUCGGGACGGAGCCAGAGUUUAACCACGCUCACUACGCUCAGUCUAAAGGCCACAAGACUCCGUGGGGCAAAUGGAACCUUAACCCUCAGCAGUUCAACACCAUGUUCCCUCACACUCCUGAUAACAGUUUCCUGGGCUUCGUGGUGGAGCAGCACCUGAACGCCAGCGACAUCAAACACAUUGACGACGUCAAGCGCCAGAACCAGUCGCUCGUCUACGGGAAGGUCGAUAACUUCUGGAAGGAUAAAAAGAAGUACUUGGACAUCAUCCACUCGUACAUGGAGGUGCACGCGACUGUCCAUGGCAGCAGCACUGUCCAUUUGCCCGGCUACGUCAAAAACCACGGCAUCCUCAGCGGACGAGACCUGCAGUUUCUGCUCCGUGAGACCAAACUGUUUGUAGGUUUGUCCUUUCCUUAUGAAGGCCCCGCCCCCCUGGAGGCCAUAGCCAAUGGCUGUGCAUUCUUGAACCCGAAGUUCAAUCCACCCAAGAGCAGCAAGAAUACGGAUUUUUUCAAGGGAAAGCCCACACUGAGAGAGCUGACUUCACAGCACCCGUAUGCUGAGGUGUACAUCGGCCAGCCUCAUGUUUGGACUGUAGACAUCGAGAAUCCCGGAGAGGUGGAUAGAGCGCUCAGAGCCAUCCUCAGUCAGAAGAUUGAGCCCUAUCUGCCAUAUGAGUUCACCUGUGAGGGGAUGCUGCAGAGAGUCAACUCCUUCAUCGAGAACCAGGAUUUCUGUCAUGGUCAGGUGAUGUGGCCUCCUCUCAGCGCCCUGCAGGUGAAAAUGGCUCCUGCAGGCAAAUCCUGUAAACAGGUAUGUCAGGAGGAGCAGCUGAUCUGUGAGCCGUCCUUCUUCCAGCACCUGAACAAAGACAAGGACCUGGCCAGGUUUGGUGUAGAGUGCAGGACGGUGGAGAGUGUUGGGGACAUCGUGGUUCCUGCGUUCAGUGAGUCAUCACGUCAUUGUGUACUGCAGGCUGAUCUGCUGCUGUUCAGCUGUGCGGGAGCUCACCCCUCACUCCAGCGCAUCUGCCCCUGCAGGGACUACAUGAAGGGCCAGGUGGCCCUGUGCAAGGACUGCUUAUAACACACACACACACACACACACACACACACACACACACACACACACACAUUCCAGUGUUUCCCCUUUAGCUCUGGGUCGGGGUCUCGUAAUUUUAGUGUCCGAGAAUGUUUUCAUAUAGAACUGAGUAAAUUUAUACUGCCUACAUACAAUAACCAGCUACUGACGUUUUAAUGGAUAAAGUCUGUUUAUCGUGAGCAAACUAUUUAUUUUUUGUGAUGCACUUUGUUAGGCAAAAAUUCCAAAAAGGAAAUGCGUUUAGGAAAACUCGUGACUUCGUUCUGUUUUAAACUUUAAAAGAGAAAACUGUCUUUGGUGAGUCAAAGCUCUUUAAGAGCACCUACUGAUUAAUAAAUUCAGAAAUUAGUAAUAUCUUCAUUUCAGUAUUAGGUUUAUUUUCACCAAGGUUCUGGCACUCUGCUGAAAGAGUCAUACAGCAGACACAGAGGAGCCUGAAAUGCCCAGUAAUUACAAAUGCCCUCUAAUUACCAAUUACCAUUAAUUAAUUAUUCCAAAUAAUUGCCAGUCACUAUUAAUUACUAGUUCCCAAUAAUUACAAAUUAUCUCUGAUUACCCAAUCCCAAUAAUUAUGAAUUAUCAUUCAUUUCCAAUGCCCAAAAAUGACCAGUUACUAAUAACUACUAAUUCCUGAUAAUUCCUGAUUCCCAGUCAUUUCCCAAAUGCCUGCAAGUUCCCAAUAAAUACCAAUUACUCAUAAUGACAAAAUCCCACUAAUUCCCAAUGAAUACCAAUUACUCAUAAUGACAAAAUCCCAGUAAUUCCCAAUAAAUACCAAUUACUCCUAAUAACUAAAUCCCAGUAUUUUCCAAUAAAUGCCAGUUACUCAUAAUAACUAAAUCCCAGUAAUUCCCAAUGACUCAUAAAUACCCAGUCCCAAUAAAAACCAUUUACUAUCAAUUAAUAAUUACCAAUAAGUACCAGUUCCCAGUAAUGACUUAUUCCCAAUAAUUACAAAUGUCCUCUGAAUACCAAAUUCCAAUAAUCAUCAGUUACUCCAGUCCAGUCGGUCGGGGUCAAUGCCCGAACUGAUAAUCACAUCAUUAGUUUUUCAUUGGCUAAAUCAGACACAAGGCACGCCACCGCUCUUGCCGGAGCGAUUGGGGGUUAGGUGCCUUGCUCAAGGGCGCUUCAGCCAGUCCUGCUGGUCCAGGGAAUCGAACCAGCAACCUUUUGGUCCCAAAGCUGUUUCUCUAACCAUUAGGCCAUGGCUUCUGCUAUUAAUUACUAUUAAUUAUUAAUUACCAAUAAUUCCCAAUUCCCAAUAAAUACCCAUUACUAAUAGAAACUAAUUACCAAUAAUUAGUGAUUCCCAGUCAUUACAGAUGUGCACUAAUUAGCACCAUGCACUAAUUAGAAACUUGAACUGAAAAUGUUCAGAACCAGACAGUCCUGAAUGCCCACUAAUUACUGAACAAACUUGUAAUUGCUAAUAGUUUUAAUUCUCUUCCAAAAUCUUAAGGUCAGACUGAUAUUUGGGGAAACACUGCACACAUGCUCAAGGCUGAAGCUUGUGUUUCUCACAAGGCUUUACAUUUCUGAGUAAGUGAUCAAUUGUGAACAAGGUGGGAGGGAGGGACACAUGGACAAAUAAAAGACUGAACAAGGGAUGAACUGUCGUCUGAAACGGCCUGAAAUACUUGAAGGAGGCGUGCAGGUAUAUGGAACUCGUCACUGCCCCCUGUGUGUGGAGGAGACGCUCUAUAGCGCUGCGCUGGUGGACUUGAUUCGAUUUUAUUUAAUCCUCUCCGUUCCUGUGUUCUGUUUAUCACGGGACCAACGUGCCCAGGAAGGAACUUUUAUUAAAGCGCCAGGAAAAACAGGUCGGAAACUCUGCGUGUGGAGGAUUUUCUAUUCAGACUGCCUGCACUGCACUGCAUUUACAUGUACAUAUACGUUUGAAAUAGAAGUAAAUGUGUCGCAGCGUACCCACAAUGGCACAUGCAUACUCAUUUUCCUGGCCUUCUGUGUUUUGUGGCCUGCUUUCUUUGUUUGUUUGUUUUCCUUUUGAAACAGCGAGGACACAUUCUGAUCCUCAGUGGCGUGAUCAGCACUGCGAGCUACACACUCCCAAAACAAACUCUGCUAGUUCUACAAAUUUCAAUAUCAUAUAUUGAAAUUACUCAGAAAAGACGCACAAUGUUAUAGAUGUGAUGGUUAUAUCCCUGCAGCUCAUCUCAAAUCUCAUGAACAUACCGUAUGCUCAAGAUCGACGCGUUUCGAUUCUUUGAAUUCAUGUGACUUUUUUAUUUUUUUGAAGUUCCUUUCACUCUUGGAUUCUUCAUUUGCCUGUGCACUAUCCUACAUACUGAAAACCAGAUGUAAUAACACUGUACAAUUGUUCAUAUGUGUUUUUAUUUAUUUUGUAUAUCUGAUGAUUUUAAUUUUUAUUUAUAUAGUUGGUUUUUUGUUUUUUUGUUUUUUUUUUGCUUUACAGAGGGAAAUAUUAUUUAUGAUGUGUUAAGUGUGUUUGUGUGCACGUGCUUGUCCAGGACAGAUGUUGAGGACAAAAUUAUGACAGCACAGCGAUUGGCAAGAUUGUCAUCUUUUAACCUUUCUUUUAUUAUUAUUAUUAUUAUUAUGAGUCAAAAUACACUGGAAUGACCUGAAAUAAUUCUUCAUUAUAUUAAUGUAUGUGUCAAAAAAAUGUUAUUUCCAGCACAUCCCUUCAAAUAUGCCGAGAACAAGAGAAAAUCCUACCUUUUUUUGAAAGACUACUGAUGGAUAAAAGUGAGAUAGAUGUAUAUACACCGAUCAGCCAUAACAUUAUGACCACUGACAGGUGAACUGUAUAUCAUCUGAUUAUCUCAUUACAAUGGCA